AUGCGUCCGUUCACUCCCCUGACCCUGGCGGCCCUCACCGCAACCGCCGCCGCUCAGGACAUCCUUCGCCGACAAGUCCUCAGCACCUUCAUCUAUACCACAUAUGGUGAUCGGACGCCUAUGGUCUGGGACCAAGAUCCCGUACUCACCCCUCUCGGCGCCCAACAGCUGCAAGCCGCUGGGACAAACUUCCGUAACCAAUAUGUCACCGCCGUCAGCGAAUCUAUUGAUGAUCUCUACGGCACCAUCCGACGCAUCUCUCCCUACCAACUCUUCCCAAAUCAGAUUACCGUCCUCUCGCGCGACGAGCAAUACAUCUCCUCGGGCGCUUCGGCCUUCCUGCAAGGCCUCUACCCGCCCCUCGCAGACAACAGCAACUAUACCUUCAUCGCAGGUCAGUCCGCAUUAGCCAAUGGCACCAACAUCGUCGCACCGUUGGCGGGCUAUCAGUAUCCACGUUUGCAGACCAUCUCAGACAACGACCUCAACCAUAUCUGGCUUGAUGGUUCCGCGAAUUGCCCUUACUACACCAAGUCCGGCAGCAGCUACUACACCAGCGACGUUUACAACGUGAUCCAGAAUGAAACCCAAGCGUUCUAUCUUUCACUCUUCCCUGGUAUCCUCGACGGCUACUUUCAAGCUACUCAGGUCGGCUACUUUGACGCCUGGACCGUCUACGACUACCUUCAGUACGCAUACACGCACAAUGCGACAGUCGCAGAAAGCCUUACUGAGGAAGACUUGGUGCGCGCAAAGAUCCUGGCCACGAACUGGGUUAUGACGAUGAACGCCAACACUUCGUCCGCCGGCGCGGAAGAGGGUGAUCAGGUGGGCGUCAUCGCAGGCAAGACGCUUGCGAGCCGGGUUUUGCAGGCUUUCUCGAGCACCAUCCACAGCGAGGGCGACAGGGACAAGAUGACCUUGCUCUUUGGCUCUUUCGAGCCUAUCAUUGCCUUCGCGUCCAUCGCCGGUCUGAAUAUUGAGCAGCAUGCGGUGUUCCAGAACUUGCCUCCACCAGGCAGCUCCAUUGUCUUCGAGCUCUUCUCUCUCCAGUCCUCUAACGUUGGAACCUAUCCUCCUAUAGACGACCUCUACGUUCGGUUCCUCUACCAAAACGGCACCGGUGCCGACGCCGCCCUCGUUCCCUACCCACUCUUCUCGCGCUCUCCCAGCCAGACAGUCAUGGCCCUCAACGACUUCAUCACGAGCAUGCAACGCAUCGCCGUCGGAAGCGUAGCGGACUGGUGUAACACCUGCGACUCCUACUCGAUCUUCUGCCCCGCAUUCGCCGACUCCAUCUCCGGCAGCGACGGCACAUCCCGCUCCCGCGGCUCCUCCUCGUCACACAGGCUCUCCCCCGCCGUGGCGGGCGUCAUCGGCGCCAUCGCCGCCGUCGUCGCCCUCGCCACGCUCGCCGCGCUCCUCAUCCUGCUGGCGGGCGUGCGCGUGCACCGCGUGUCCCGCGGCCGCCGCAGCGAGCUCGGCGGCUUCAAGGGCGCCGAGAAGCUGGCCAGCGACCAGGACCUGACCCUCCCUAAAGGUGGGGCCGGCGCUACGGUGGAGGAGACGCCUUCGUCGGCCGUCGCUGCACCGAGGGGUCACGAGAGGGUUGGGAGCUGGGAGUUGAAGGACAAUGCCAAAGGGGAUGAGGUUGUGGGUGCUGCUGGUGCUGCUGGUGCUGCUGGUGCUGCUGGUGGGGUUGCUGGCUUGGAGAGGCCGAUGCCGGCAGCGCGACGUCCGAGCUACGAGGACGAUGACGAUAUCAUCAACGUGAAUCCGUACGCCAGGGCCGUCAAGGCUGACGAGCGUGUUUGA